UGACGGGCUGUUUGCUCAUCAGCUUUGUUUCACCGGGUUGUUUGACAUUUUUAAAACGCUGGUCACUGUUAACCUGAAAAUAUUGAGACCAGGGGAAGAAUUGCUAGGAAUGAAGCAUUUGGAAAUGACCUAGAGGCCUUAGAAUUACAUUAGUGCUCUCCUGCUGCAGACUACAAUUGAGUGCGUAAUUAAUCUGGAAGCACCACUUGUUUCCUCUAUCAAACUGAAACUACCUCAGCGAGAACAAGAUCAGCCCGCAAGAAGGGAGGAUGCAACCAGUGAAGUCUCCUGCAGUUACAGUAUAGGCUGCCUGUUUUUCAGUAUACAGGUUGAAAUGCCUCAAGUGAACUACGUUUGACCGACUGGAUCUGUCAAAAUUCUUUCAAGAAGAUCUUGUAUCAAACGCUUGACUAAAGGAAAACGGAAGCUUUGGUGAAAUCUUACCGAAUACUAGUCCAAGCACUGAAUAACUAAUAUUAUCCUUAACUCCUGCUGUUGAUCAGUGUUCUUGUCCCUUUCUAAGGUUUGCUGAUUUGGUUUUCGUUGUAAUAAUAUUCUAUCGUAUAAGUGUUGCAACUGGUAGAAGUUGUAUCAAUAUUUACACAUUUUAGAACGAAUGGAAAGAAAUCUAUUGAAUUGGUUUGCAGAUAUCCUUUGUGUUUCUCUCCUAGUUGCAGGGAGUUGACAUGGCACUUCCUUCCUACCGGUUCCUGUUACUGGCGUUAUUUUAUCUAUUGGGUUAGUGUGAAGCUCUUUUAGAACUUUUCAUGCAUUGCUGUGCAACUUUCAUUUGGGAAAAGCAAGAGGUACUAAUGAAGGUGUGGCAAAUUGGAACCCAAGACCUAGCAAAAACAUUUCUUUGCUCCUUUUACCUUGUUACCUUGGAGCAUUCGUGAACUGCAGCAGGGCUGCUCAGAAGCUGAAGGCACAAGUGUGGUUGGCCUUUCAGUUACCAACUCCUACACUGACAAGUGCUGGGUGGAAACGUCUGCUCUCAGGCGUGCUAUGGAGCAACAAUUAUGCACAUAGUUGAUGACAUUUGCAGAACUUUUUGUUUAAAAUGAUAUAAACUAUUUACCUGAAAAAAAAGUUGACACUUGAUUAGACUUUUUACAAAGGACACAAAACAAGAGGACACUGUUACUUAUGUAUUGUUGCAGCGCACAGGAAAGUAAAAUGGACUACAAGCGGCACUUUUUGCUUGGCGGGUCCAAGCAGAAAGUGCAGCAACACCAGCAGUAUCCAAUGCCUGAGCUAGGCAGGACCCUGAGCGCACCGAUGGCAUCCACCACUGCAGCAUCUUGUCUAGCCCAUGCAGCUGCGUCAGCUCCUGGCAGCUGUCCCCAUGCUGUGUCCCCCACGACACAGAUAGCCGACAUCCAACAGGGCAUCUCCAAAUACCUGGAUGCGUUGAAUGUGUUUUGCCGAGCGAGCACGCUCUUGACAGAGCUGUUCAGCAGCGUUUUCCGAAACUCGCAUUAUUCCAAAGCAGCUUUGCAACUGAAAGACGUGCAGGAACAUGUCAUGGAGGCAGCAAGCAGACUCACAGCAGCAAUAAAGCCAGAGAUUGCGAAAAUGCUGAUGGAGCUGAGUGCAGGGGCAGCAAACUUUAAAGAUCAGAAUGACUUCAGUCUCCAAGACAUUGAGGUGCUGGGCCGAUGUUUCCUCACGGUCCUUCAGGUCCACUUUCAAUUCUUGUCCCAGGCGUUACACCGUGUCCAGCCAGUAGCCCACUCUUGCUUGGCAGAAGCCCAAGCUCAAGAGAGGAAGAAUUCAGCGACCAGUGAACCCAGGAACACAAGCCACAUGACUGAGCUGGAAGAGAGUAUGAGAUCUUGGCAAGGUGCUGCAGAGGCUACAUCUCGGCUACGUGAGAGGAGAAGCGAUGGCUGCCUGACUGGUAUUGAAGUACAGCAACUGUUCUGUUCUCAGGCCAUGGCUAUCCCAGAGCAUCAGCUCAAAGAGUUAAAUGUGAAGAUAAAUAGUGCUUUGCAGGCUUACAAACUAGCUUUGGAAAGCUUGGGUCACUGUGAAUAUGCAAUGAAGGCUGGGUUCCACCUCAACCCCAAAUCUAUUGAGGCCUCUUUACAGGGCUGCUGCAGUGAGGCAGAAGCACAGCAAGCAGGAAGAAGACCAUAUCCAGCCCAGCCCCUGCAGUGUGAGCUGCCAACAGUCCCAGUGCAGAUAGGACCCCACUUCCUAAAGGGCAUCUCCUUCAACGAAUCUGGAGCUGAAAAUCUAAAGCUUAAAACGCAAGCGAUGGUGCAACUAAUCAAAGAGGCAGCCGGCCAGAAUGGCAUUGCUCCACAAGAUGAUUCCCCAACAACUGAGAUCCUCAAUCAGGUCUGUCCCUCCACUUGGCGAGGUGCCUGCAAGACUGCUGUGCAGUUGCUCUUUGGCCAGGCAGGCUUGGUUGUGGUAGAUACAGCACAAAUCGAGAACAAAGAGGCCUAUGCUCCACAGAUCAGUCUGGAAGGUUCCAGAAUCAUCGUUCAAGUCCCUUCAACGUGGUGUUUGAAGGAGGAUCCUGCCACCAUGUCACUGCUGCAGAGGUGUCUGGAUCCAGAGAAAACCCUGGGGCUGGUGGACGUUUUGUACACUGCAAUUUUUGACCUGGCCAGGUGGAAGGAACGAAGGUACAGUAUUGCGAGAGAGCAAGUUUUGCCGAGCAUUCAAAUCCAGCUGCGACGAGAGAGCCCUGACUUUGGGGGUCACAUUGACCUGCCCUCCGGGAACGGAACUGUUGUGAAGGCCUCUGGCGGGCUACAGAAGACCUUUGCGAAGCUGACGUCUCGUUUUACCAAGCGAGGAUCGUGCAGCAGCAGUGCCAGCACUAGCAGCAGUGGCAGCUUCUCCAUCCCCAGCACUCCUUCCAAAGGCGGCUUCUCCAUCGGCAGCUCAGAGGAAGACAGGAAAGCCAAGGGCUCCAGCCAGACCGAUCUCAGGCUGCAGAGCAUCCUGAACAUCGGCAGUUUCCCCAAGAGCGGAGAUUCGUGCUUAGUGGCACAGGGGGCCUCCAGUCCCAUGGUCAAUGGCUUUUCACUGGACAAAAGGGAAAGCUUUUUUAAGGGGAUUGAGGGCAAGGAAGAGCAAGGCAUCAAGCUGCCCAGUGACCAGGAGAUGCAAGACGUCAUUGAUUUCCUCUCUGGCUUUAACAUGGGCAAAUCGCAGCAGGCGUCACCGCUCACCAACAGGAGGAAUUCGAGUGCAUCGGCCGGGGCCCCAGAGCAGAAAGCAGCCGCACUGCAGCAGCCACCACCACCGGCAGCAUGUCACGCUCCACUCCACCCCUCCCAGCACGUCCUACAUCACCCGCACUCUGCACAAAAGCAGCAGCAAUUGCAAUAUUAUCAACAUCUCCUCCAGCCCAUUGGUCAACCACCGCCCCUCCCCCCACCCCCACCACAGCAGCCCCCCGCACCCCGACCACAGACUCCUCGAGUACCCGGGAAAUGGCCAAAUAGUCCCUCCCAGCAGCCACCACAGAGUGCAGCUGGUGUGUCCCCCCUCGGCCCUGUGGGCCAAUGGAACAGCCCUGUUCACAAUGACCUGAGCUCAGACCUGUACAGCCUGGGUCUCGUGGGGAAUUACAUGGACAGUAUCAUGGACAAUGUCAUGGCUGAUAUGUUGGGCCCGAAAGCAGGAAACACUAGGAACAACACCUGGCCAAACCGGGUCCAGAGCGACGGAGUGUUCGGAAUGCUGGGAGACAUCCUUCCCUUUGAUCCUGCAGUUGGCUCUGACCCAGAGUUUGCCCGGUACGUGGCCGGGGUGAACCAGGUGAUGCAGCAGAAACGGCAAGCACAGCACGUGCGGCGUCACAGCACCGCUCGCACCAACUGGCCGGUGUCUGACGAGCCUCACAGGACUUGGCAGCCUCCCGAGUACUUCACAGAGGGGGAUGUGGUGAGCUGGUCUGGGACCCAGGGGGACUCUGCCAGCUCCAGCGAUGAGACCUCCUCUGUUAAUGGGGAUAGUUUGUUCUCCAUGUUCUCAGGGCCUGACCUUGUUGCUGCUGUCAAACAGAGGAGGAAACACAGCAGUGGCGAACACGAGACUUCCACUUUACCAUCUCCUCCUCUCUUAUCCACACUCGAUGAUCUUAGCCAGGAUAACAAAACCAAAACUUGGCCUCCUAAAGCACCGUGGCAACACUCAGCCCCUCUGAGCAGCCAGAGUACCUCUUUGUACCAGAUGAAUAACCCAGUCAGUCAGUGGAACGACUCCAUGCAGAUUCUCCAGCCUCCUGUGUGGUCCACUGCCAGCGAUGGCUCUCCUUCUACAGGGAUCUCUUCCAGCUUCUCCUACUCACAGCAGCAACAGGCUUCCCAGCACAAAGCCAUGAACAAAGGCUUCAAAUCUUACCCUGUCAAACAGGAGCGGAGGCAGUCCUAUCUGCACCAGUAUUGAGCUUUCAGAAUGAAUUGGGAAGGGGAUCUAGGCGUUUCCCUGAUGCUGAGAAACAGAUAGUCACAUGCUGGUCAGUGCUUCCAUGCGUAGCCCCUCGUUAUGUGUUCUAUGCUUUUAAGUUGCUGGUUGGAAACACUUGGUAACUCACCAGUUGUAGGAUUUCCCCCAAUAUCAGUAAGUUAGUGAGGCCCUAGCUCCCAAGCGGGAAUCCCAGCCAGUCUGCAGUGGCACACCGCAGGGCUCCUCUGGGCAGCAGGUUAAAGGCAGAACGUGAUAAACAGUGGCACCUGGCAGCAUGAGGAGGUUAUGUGGAAUCUCAUUCCAGCAUUCGAUCCAACAUGUGCAAAAAGGAUGAGCCAAAUGAGUUCCCUGGAAGGACAGCGUAAUUAAUCAUUGUUCAUUGUGAGUUGCUGGAUUUGUGUCCUGAGGUUUGAGGUUUUCACUUUAUUGUUCUGGGCUUUUCCUGUUUUAGAAGCAGACCAGGAUGUUCAGUGUGUCGCUGCUUACAGACCGUUGUUUCUGGAGAAAUAAUACUUUGCACCUAUCUCUAUAACCUGACUCUGGGCAGUACCCUGGCACUGUGCUUGAAUACAGUUGUAUAAAUGACUCAAGAUUAAGCUACAAAAGAUUAUUUAAAUAUGAGAGCUGCUCAAACUGUUUAUACUUGUAUUGAAAACCUGUUUAAAAAACCAUCUAAUUUUUUUGUACUUUUUUAAUUUUAUUUUUAUAAAUAGUUAAUCGUGGUCUGUAGGGACUCGAGCAAAAGAGAAUGGGGCUGGGGGUGCAAGUUCAGUGGGUCAGGUCAAUGAAUCACUUUCUCUCCAUGAAGUGUCCACAGCUGCCAAAUAAUAACACAACAGGUUAAGCUCCAUUGGGACCUGGCUGAGCACUCGGUAUGUUUACCUAGUUACUCGCUUGCAGCUAAGUUCCAGUUUGAGAGUUGGGAAAGAAAGAAAAGUUACACAUUUCCCCUGAACAAGCUGAUGUCGUGCCUCAGCUCUGGCUAGUAAGAAGCCAGCGAGGAACCUCAGUCAGUGGGAAGGAGCCAGCAGCUGUUCUCAGAUCUGUCACUAAGCUCAAGUCUUGAAUUCUUCUCCUGAAUCUGCCGGCUCUGACCCGAGUGAUGGAGCCUGCGAUAACAACGUCAAACUACACCUCCUGUCUGAGCUCAGCUGCUUUUAUAUUUUUUAUCAGAUUAUUUUGGUUCCUCCUUAACCUGAUUUCAUCCACAGCCAGUGAGGUGUUUGGUCUCAGUCAUCAACAGAUGUUCCUGUUCCAUGAAGCUGCAACCCCCACCCCCCCACCAUCCCCGAGUCCACUGUGAAGGGCGACCUUGUGUUGCAGAUCUGGCCUCUGUUCCCCUCAGACAAUAAUGUGGACAAACUUAUAUCUUUAAACAAUCUGGACAAAAAUUACUUUUUCAAUAUUUAUUCCCUACACAUUGCAAAGUGGCCUCCUAUACCUAUUCCUACAGCUAUUCCUAUAGCUGUGCCUAUAGCUACAGCUGUGCCAAUGAAACAGGGUUUGGAGUUUGGUUGUGGGGUGUUUCUUCACGUUUCUGUUUGCAGUUGUGAAUUUGCACAUUGCUAGUGUUUCACUGUUGGUGUAUUGCAGCUGUAUUCACUGUUGCAAUCAGACCUGCUGGUCUUUCGCUUUGUUCACCACUUUGAACGUUCACCGCUUUAAAGGAGUGUGGGUAUGGAUCACAGGCAAGUGAGUUUAGGUGGAGAAUGCUGAUCCAUCUCUCUAAGGUAAAUUAGGGUUGUUCCCAAGAUGACCUUUUCUUUAGGGGUUGUGGAAAGAUACGGCUGAGUUUGGGAGAAUAGUUUAGCAGAAGAAUAGUCUGGCAUGAGUAAUUGCUUUGCGUUUAAACACGUUUCUGUUACAGGUCCAUAAACUGCAGUUUUUCCUGAGUACGGUUUACUUCCACUUAUUAACGCAUCUUUUCAGUCAUUUUUCAAACCUUUUCACAUCCAUUUACCUUUCUUUUUUGGGGAGGAGGGAGUGUGGAGGUUUAUCAGAUUUCUCCAGUGCUGCUGUUAAUCUCUGUGCCCUGAGCUGAGCACGUCAGAUUUAAUCACUCAAAUGCUUGUGAUCAGUGGAUUUGUAGGGAACGCUCUGCCCUUGGUUGGCCUCAGCUCGGGGUGUAAACCUUGGCACUGUUAGCCUCAUUCCUGUACCUAUUUCAUAUUUUAGUAUGUUCAUUCACAUCCACAAUUGAUGUUAAAAACUACAGAGAGAGAUGGCACUCUGAUCUGGGUCUGGUUGUUUGGAUGUGGAACGGGAACUUAGAUUUGUAACUUUUUGCUGAGAUUCUUUCACCUUUCUACCACUUUAUACAUUAUUCUGGUCUUCGCUGCUGAGAGUAUCUUGCCCACUGUCAGAGUAAGUACUCGUCAGGAUGCCAAUGAGAACUGUUUCUCUCCCACUCCCCCACCCUUCCUCCAUGGUGAGCCUUGUUCACUGCAGGGCUGGGGAAUCAGAUCUCCCCAUUGCCCAUCACAAUGUUGUCCAUUAUCUCCCCAGGGAAAGGAGCCACAGUGUGGCUCUGCCCUUGACAACAGUGGAGAGUGUGGAGCAGAUUCCCCUCCUGACCAGGGGCCCUGUGGAUCAGUGUAAAGUGGGGGAGGAGCGGCUGUAGGAAAUGAGUCUGCAAUGAAGUGCAUGGGUGUAGUGGAUAGUUAUUCCAUUGAGGACUGGAGGGUAUUUUUACACUUUAAAUAUUAAAUAAAAAAUCCUACGUCUAAUUGGCAUGUGUUGUGCAGAAUGACUUUUCCAAUUAGAGGGACUAACACUUACUUAAACAUAGCGUUGAUAUUUCUUGUAUAAAUACAUCAACAGUAUUAAUCUUAUUUUUGUAUUUUCUAAAGUCAUAUUACAUCACUGUAUAUUUUAAAACAUUUUUAGUAAACAUGGGUUUAAAAAGUGCAUUUGACUAACUUGGUUAUACUGUUCAAUCCUGUUUUACAAUGAAGAUAACUGAAAGCACAUGCUAGUCCAUGUGUCUACAAAUCCUACCAACAAGUUAACUUACCAAAAAGCUGUGCAGAAUCCUAAUCAAAUCCUGGAAAUAAUGGGUCUCUGGAGCUGGCGAUGGGGAGCUUUCCUGUAGUAAACCGCUUGCUCCUCAAGUCCGGAAUGUUAUCUCCUUGUGUAGGGCUGCUACUCUGUGCUUCCAAAAUCCACCUGGACUCUCGCUCUCCAUGCACAGUUGCCGUUGUUCUUCAUUAUUUAUAGUAAAUCAGUCAAACUGUUCUCCACUGUUCAUUACCAAUGUGUGUUGUGGGUUGGGGGGAUUCUGGAGGGGGAAGAGGGCAUUACAUCUUUUUAUAAAAUCACUUGCCAAGUGACCAAACCUGUGAUCAAACCAAGUAGUUUGAGUAGUUCUUUUAUUGGGAAAAACGCAAACUUUUUUUGUUUAUCCACCAUCCAACACCCUCUCCCCCACACCCUUUCUUUGGGUGGGGGGGCUUCUGUGUAGCAUAGUGGUUUGUGCCAUUGUUUGGAGGGCACAGUACCUGCACAGGGAGGUGUAUGCUGCUUGGUUCCAGGCAUUGACUGGCUAGAGGCUGGAGUCCGGGGCUGGGGCCUGGAGCCCGGGGCUGGAGCAUGAUUUCAUAAACAAACCUUAGAUUGCCUGCUGUUGGUUAUGUGCACCUGAAUCCACUUUUCAAGCUGGCUGAAAUGACUGGUUCAAAGGCCAACAGGACAGGGAGCACAGUAGAGCGACCCCGAUCUUAAAGUAAUGAGUCCUACAAACACCUGGCCACAGAACACAGGCCAAUGUG